AUGCUUGCGGUAUCUGUCGAAGGCCGUUUUUCCCCAGAGGCGGCGGAGGGCAUCAAGGCCAAGGAGCCGACCCAGGGAGUGCAGGCUCAGCGCCCUGAUUUCGCAGUCCUCGCCGCAUCGGGGGGCGCGGUCACGGCUCCUAUUGGGGAGGUCGUCAUUGGGCACAUCUUGAUCGGCACACUUCGCGGACAUGAGUUCGGCGAGCAAGGGACGGUUGGUGAAGGGUGUUUGGCCUUCCUGGCAGCCCUGCAGAGCAGCAGCGGCGCAGCUGCGGAGUUCCUUACUCUUCUCCAGUGGCCCGAGUGCAAAGAGCGCGGCAGCCUGACCGACUGCCGCAACCCAUCCGCAGUCCUCCUGGGCCGCAUCCGGGACGCCAAGCAGGUCAUCUCGUCGCAGCAGCAGAGAGGAGCCGUGUCCAUGCCCGCGCCCCCGCCCAUGGGCGCCGGCAUGCCCAUGUACGGGAUGUAUCCUACCAUGGGCUUCCCGGCCUACGGUUAUGCCGCCUUCCCCGGGUACGGGGCGCCCGCCGCCUACGGUGGCUGCGCCGGCUGCGGCGGCUGCGGCGGCUUCGGCUGCGGCGGCUGCUGCGGUGGCUGCGGUUGCGGCGGCUGCGGCGGCGGCUUCAUGAUGGGGUCCGGACGGCACGUUUCGCCAGGCUGGGGGUGA